CACUCUGCUGUGUACUGAGUCAGCGGCGGCCAUGCGCAUAUGGACCCAGAGGAGGGCCGUCUACAUAAAAUCCCUGGCGGGGUCGGGGGUCUCCAUUCACCGCUUACCAGAGAACUUAACCCAGCCGUUGGAGAUUCGACCUGCUUUCCUGACUUAUAGUCAACCGAGGAACACUUAAAAAAAAAAAAAACCCUUGUGAGGCUUAACCCAGCCGUUGUAGAUUCGACCUGCUUUCCUGAUUUAUAGUCAACCGAGGAACACUUAAAAAAAAACAAAAACCUUGGAGCCUCACAACUAGUCCCCUCCUCCUCUCUUGACUGUAGGAUUUUGGUGGUGAUGCGGCGGCUGUGUUGCUAGCCCCUAUUUUCGGUAUUUAUUUUCUACUUGUCGCCGGUUCUACCUCGAGUGAAGACAGCAUUCAGGAUGAAACUGAAACCCAACCAGACCAGGACGUACGACGGCGACGGUUUUAAGAAGCGAGCGGCGUGCCUGUGCUUCAAGAACGAGCGCGAAGAGGAGGUGUUGUUGGUCAGCAGCAGUCGGCACCCGGACCAGUGGAUCGUCCCCGGAGGAGGGAUGGAGCCCGAGGAGGAGCCUUGUGGAGCGGCGGUGCGGGAAGUCUUUGAGGAGGCUGGUGUCAAGGGCAAGCUAGGACGUCUGCUUGGCGUGUUUGAGCAAAACCAAGAUCGGAAGCACCGGACCUACGUGUACGUGCUGACCGUCACCGAGACAUUGGAGGCCUGGGAAGACUCGGUCAACAUAGGCCGCAAGCGCGAGUGGUUCACGGUGGACGAGGCCAUCAAAGUGCUGCAGAGCCACAAGCCCGUGCACGCCGAGUACCUGCGGAGGCUCCAGCAGCUCCAGCUCAGCUGCUCGCCCACCAACGGCAACUCCAUCCUAGCCAGCCCGCCGGCCAACGACAACUACCCGCACUACAGUGCCACGGCCACCACGCCUUCCACGGGCAGUACGCUGGCCUCCUCCCGCAGAUAGGACUCCAAUACGUGACGUUUUUGUACAGCCUCGCAUGGAACCCGAACUCUUCAGCAAGUUGUGUAAAUAGUCUUACCUGCUGGACGGACCAAAGCCAUUGCCAGAACUUGAGAAGGACUCACGUGAUUGAGCAGUGAGAUGGCAACGCUCAUGCGGCAAACUCGCACGUUUUUGUCACGGUGACGAGCAGGAGGACGCCGUGGAUGCUGCUGGCAUGCCUUAUAGUACUUUGUAUGAAUGUUUCUGUUCUCUUUUUGGCACAACACACACAAUCUGUGGUCAAUAAACACAAAGCAUGACCAUGGCGGGAACGUUGUCAGACACAAGGAUGGCUUUUAGUGCAUGGUGGCGACAUCAUCCACAUAGAAGGUGCUCGUUUUUUCUAGUUCUUAUUCAUUAUCAACUAUUUUAAGUCACCGCAAGUUGGCAUUAAAAACAAAUAAUAAUAAUAACUGAUGUUACAUUGCAAAGAGUAUUAGGGCAAUACUGGAAAGCAUAAUUUAAAAAAAGUCAAUUGUGAGAAUAAAAGUGUCAUUUUCAUGAGGGGAAAAAAGUAACCGUUCAGGAAUUAAAUUUUUUUUUAAAGUUGGACUAUUAUGAGUGUAAAAUUGUCAUAGUUCAUAACAAAAUGAUAAAAUAUACAGAUAAUAGAAAAAGAAAAUUUCAUAAUUACAAUGCAUGUGCAAAAAUGAAUUUUAUUUAUUUAUUAUAUUCAUAAUAAACCCUCAAGGGGAAAUCAACUCAGUAUCCUAUUUUUUGCCACAAUUUCUUUGCACAAAAAUGUAGAUUUGUUACAAAAAUACUUAAUAGAAGAAAGAUAAGAGACAAAGAAAUUUUGGAAAUGUAUCACAAAUCAGACUAUUUCUAAAGCACUUUAAAAAAAAAAAACCCAAAAAAACAUCCGCAGCUGUAAAAAUGUGCUGUAUAUAAAGUUGCAACUUAAAAAAUAAAAACAAUGUAACAAUAAGAAAUUAAUAGCAAUAUUUUCCAAAUUAAACUAUCAUUAGCCUAAUAGCAUAAUCUUCAGUCACAUAUUAAUGUUUUGGAAAAACAAGGGGAAAAAAGAAGCAAUUUUUAGCAAGCAUUUUUUUAUUGGUAACAAUUAGUUAAAAGUGACUUAGACGAUCAUGCUAUUAGGAUAAUAAUAUACUACCGGUACUUUAAAAACAAACUCCUGCAGUGCCUCAACUGUGUCUUUGACCAAACUGUCACAGUCCAUAUGUUGGCUGCCUGCUGUAAUUUCAAAAACUUAUUUUACUCAAAACAAAACAAACAAAAAUUCUCAUAAUGCAGUAUUUAAUGCUCUUUUUUUUUUUUUUUUUUUUUUUGGUUGUACACUUAGUAGAACAAAUUGAAAGUAUGGCCCAUGCUGGAUGUAUUUCUUUAUUACUAGUAUUAUUUCUGGGCCCUUGUUGGCCAGUUCAAAGGUCACAGGAGGCUGGACCCGCUGUCUGUGAAUUGCUACCUCAGUCCAGGAAAAAAAAAAAAGUAGAUGAGUUGGGGAUGCUGUCUGCUGACAACAACACUGCUGUGCUCGUCGUUAACACUUUACCCAAAGCAUCCGUCGGUGAUGUCACGUGUGAAAAAGCCGCCUGGUUCCCACCUUUCAAACUAUAUGAAGGUCUCUGCAGUAUAACGUGUGUGUUUGCCACGGGCUGCUUCCUGUUCGAGCGUUUACACACACAUUCACACACACACACACCUUUUUUAGAUGGCCUUUGCUUUAACAUUUGAACUCACUAGAGCUGCUCUUGUUUUUAAAUGUAUGGUGUUGCCCAGGAGGCUUUGAUACACUUUCUGCCAAAAAAAAAAAAAAAAAGUCAAAUAUAAGACAGAAGCUGUAAAUUUGCUUCUGCUGAUGGCUGAAUGACGAUGCUCUUAAUUUGUCAAUGCCUUUGGAAACAUAUCGGAAUUGUGUUUUUAACUGAAAUGAACCUGUACUUAACUGUUUUGUAUCUUUUUAACUACGUACAAAUAACUGGAGAACCCCUACACACCACAACACACACCCACUGUGUGCUUUGUACAGUCCUGACGAUGAUUUGGAUGUGUCUUUGUGGAAGCAAUUCAACUCAUUAAAACUCACUAAAGGCAUUUAUGGAAUAACAAAUUUAAUUUUUCACUUGCAGUUUCCCAACAUCACUAAAAUGUGUGUGUGAAAGUGUUCUUACGGAAGUGAAUUAUGUGCCAAAUUUGAACAUUUCAUGUAGACAUAGAGAAAAAUACACUUUUAAUGAUUUAAUGUGGGGGGUGGGGGGGAGUGUGUGGUGUCGAGACUGUACUUUUGAACUUGUGACUGAUGAAUCCCUUCUGUCAUGUAAUAGCACAUGAUAUGUUUAAAUGAAAUCCCCAAACAUUGA